AGAAUUUUUAAAGAAAACAAAUCACAAAAUGGAAUACCGGUGCUUUAGGAGAAGUUCAACAAAAUUAAUAGCCGCAGUUCUCAUUAUAACCUUAAAUGCAGAAAUGUUGACAGCAGCGCUGUGGUCAAAUUAUGGCACCGAACAUCAAAAGAAAUGCAGCGGAGGCACAGGUUUGAAAUAUUUAUCCGGCGAUGCACUUACAGAUUCACCAGACUGCUUAGGACCUAAUAAUUCACCCUAUCCAAGUGCGGCAGUAGCGCGAACGUUUUCAAACUGGAAUGGAAGCUCAAGAAGGGGUCGUCAAAGUAAAAUAACAACAACACUUGAUCCAGCUAUAACAACAAGCGCUCUACUUAGGGCGUAUGAUGAAGUAAACAAUGAUGCUGUUGGCAGUAAUCGUUAUGGACGCUCGAUUAAGAACUCUCAAACUAACCAGUGCAAUGGAACACCUGCACGUCUUUGUAAGACACGCUACAAUACAACGGCGCCAAUGUAUGGUGUUAGCUUAACUUCUGGGCAACCUGUUACGAUUGUGCAAAAGUUUCCAGAUCUACUCCAACAAGUUGUAUUCGAAGUGUGCGAAUCAUCAGAGUGUGAUGUAGUUCGAGGAGAAUGUACCCAAACAUAUGUACCCUAUUUAUUCUUGGUCAUACCGCUUGGACCUGUUACAUUAACUGGUCAGGACUACGUCCUUGUUGAGAGUGGUUGUGUUUGUAAGCCUAAAUACUCUACGGGUGCAGCUCAGGAACCAAAUAUGAUACCAUAGGCAUUUUAACGAACCAACCAAAUGUACUGAUAUGGAGUAAGGGAUUAUUGAUGUGUGCUUGAAAGAGCCUAAAAUUAUACGUACAUAUAAAUAUUUAUAGAAUUGGUAACUUCUGUACAAUAUUGUUUAAUUACUUAA